UUCACUGUCUCCUCCUUAACCGUCUCUCCCAUACGGAUAAAAAGGAUUGCAGUUUUUUAACGAAAAAAACCGUAACCACCGGAUUAUUUAUCGGACAUUGACAAUGAACUCGCUUUACCAUCACUCAUGCUGACUCCUGUUUAAAUCCGGCCAAAAUUUCACUCUAAGAGACUCUGUCUCUUCAUUUGAAUGCCUCUCACGAUGGCUAAGCGGGAAAGCGGCAGCACCAGUCCGGUGGUGCGUCAGAUAGACAAGCAGUUCUUGGUGUGCAGCAUCUGUCUGGAGCAUUACCACAACCCCAAAGUCCUGCCCUGCCUGCACACCUUCUGCGAGAGAUGCCUCCAGAAUUACAUCCCCCCUCAAUCCUUGACCCUCUCCUGCCCAGUGUGCAGACAGACCUCCAUCCUGCCAGAAAAGGGUGUAGCAGCUCUGCAGAACAAUUUCUUCAUCACUAAUCUGAUGGAGGUAUUGCAGAGGGAGCAGGACUGCCCCCGUCCCGAGGCCUCCAGUGGGCUGGAAUCGGCCAGUGCUGCUACAUAUGCCCCACCUCUUUCUUGUCCCAACCAUGAGGGCAAGGUCAUGGAGUUUUACUGCGAGUCUUGUGAAACAGCCAUGUGUUUGGAGUGUACAGAGGGAGAGCACAGAGAGCAUGUGACCGUUCCACUGCGGGAUGUUCUGGAGCAACACAAAGCAGCACUGAAGAACCAACUGGAUGUGAUUCGCAACAGGCUUCCCCAGCUGACUGCAGCUAUAGAUCUGGUAAAUGAGAUCUCCAGGCAGCUAACAGACAGGAAGAAUGAGGCAGUAACAGAGAUCAGCAAUACAUUCGAGGAGCUGGAGAAAGCACUGCACCAACGAAAGGCUGCUCUCAUCACUGACCUUGAGACCAUCUGCAGCACCAAGCAGAAGGUGUUGCAGGCACAAUUGACUGCAUUAAUGCAAGGAAAGGAGAACAUUCAGAGCAGCUGUAGCUUCACAGAGCAGGCGCUGAACCACGGUAGCCCCACUGAAGUGCUCCUGGUGCAGAAGCAGAUGGGAGAGCGGAUGGGGGUUCUAGCUCGCCACGCCUUCCCUGAGCAGCCCCACGAGAACGGUCACCUGGACUGCCAGGUGGAGACAGAGGGGCUGCGGCGGUCCAUCCAGAACCUGGGGGUCCUGCUCACCACCAGCGCCGUGGGUCACACCAGUGUGGCUACUGGAGAGGGACUCAGACAUGCUGUUGUUGGCCAAAAUACCACUGUUACGGUGACCACUAAGGACAAAGACAGUGAGCUAGUAAAAACAGGAAAUGCUGCGUUGAGGGCUCAGAUCACCAGUCCAGAUGGAACCAUCACUGAACUGGAGAUCACAGACAACAAGAACGGCACAUAUGAAAUCGGCUACACGCUUUGCUCAGAGGGCGAGUUUUCUUUCUCUGUCCUUCUGUAUGGGCAGCCUGUAAGGGGCAGCCCUUUCCGCCUGCGAGCCGUUAAACCCUGCGAUGCCCCGCAGUCGCCCGAUGACGUUAAGAGGCGUGUAAAAUCUCCUGGUGGAGGUGGAGGGUGUGGAGGACAUGUGCGACAGAAGGCGGUACGCAGACCCUCAAGUAUGUACAGCACCACUAAGAAGAAGGAGAACCCAAUAGAGGACGAGCUCAUCUACAGAGUGGGGACGAGAGGACGUGAGCGGGGGGAAUUCUCCAAUCUACAGGGCAUUUCUACCACUAGCAAUGGACGAAUUGUGGCAGCUGACAGCAACAACCAGUGCAUACAGGUGUUCUCCAAUGAUGGUCAAUUCAAGCUGAAGUUUGGGGUAAGGGGUCGCUCCCCUGGUCAGCUGCAGCGACCCACUGGUGUUGCGGUUGACAUGAAUGGUGACAUUAUUGUAGCCGACUAUGACAACAGAUGGCUCAGCAUCUUCUCCCCGGAAGGGAAGUUUAAGAAUAAAAUUGGUGCAGGCCGGCUGAUGGGUCCUAAAGGAGUAGCCGUGGAUAAAAAUGGUCAUAUAAUCACAGCAGAUAACAAGGCCUGCUGUGUCUUCGUUUUCCAAUCCAACGGCAAACUGGUGACCAAAUUUGGUGCGAAAGGAACAUCAGAGAGACAGUUUGCAGACAAAAACACUCCAAAUACGCCAACAGAGCUGAAGCUGAGUAAAUCUGGUCCUGCAUUCAGUCCCCAUUUUGUGGCUAUAAACAACAAGAAUGAAAUUGUUGUGACGGACUUCCACAAUCACUCUGUUAAGGUUUACAGUGCUGAUGGGGAGUUCCUGUUUAAAUUUGGUUCGCAAGGAGAAGGGAAUGGGCAAUUCAAUGCACCCACCGGGGUGGCUGUAGAUGACAAUGGGAAUAUUAUUGUUGCAGACUGGGGUAACAGUAGGAUACAGGUGUUUGAUAGUUCUGGCUCCUUUCUGUCCUACAUAAACACAAUGGCAGAUCCCCUCUAUGGUCCACAGGAUCUCGCUCUCACUUCUGAUGGCCACGUGGCUGUGGCAGACUCUGGAAACCACUGUUUCAAAAUGUACCGAUACCUGCAGUAAGGACUCUGUAGUGACCAUGGAAAGUUUAGCAAAUAAGGUCCAAAUGUCUUCUUUUGCAUUUCAUGUUUUCCUUUGCCCAAGUCUGUGCAGAUGAAUCUCCAGGAAAUAAUUACAGCAAUUUGACUGCUUUACCUGAUGUGAAUGAACCCAGGGCUUAAUGAAUGUUGCAUCAUAUUCAAUCAAUUUGAAUUUAUUUGUUAAUAGUUAAUUGCUAAACUGAAUGUAUAUCGAACAAAGUAAUAACAUAGCCACGGAGCAUAUAACGGUUACCAAAGGCGCCUACACACUAUUUUAGUAGUUUUUAAAGUUUAUGCUGUCAGAACACUACAAAUCCAUUGUUUUCAAUCGGGAUGGUGCGCUGGAAGGACAGUGAAAAAACCUAAGGGUUUGCAAAAAAAGAGUUGCUUCGUUAGUUUUGCUGCAGCACUAAACCCAAAUCUCAAACUGGAGCUUACUCAUUCCUUUCUGUUAAACUCUACAGCUACUCCUAAUCCCAAAUGUAACCCUAACCAUAAACCUUACCCUCUAAAACUAAAACUAUCCGAAAGUUUAUCGUACCUGAAAACCCAACCUUAUUGUUCUUAAAGGGAUAGUUCACCCAAAAAUUUAAGUUCUCUCAUUAUUUAUUCACCCUCAUGAAAUCCCAGUUGUUUAUGACUUCUUUCAUCACCAGAACACAUUUGAAGAAAAAUAGAAAAAUAUCUCAACUCAGUAGGUCCUUAAAAUGCAAGUGAAUGGAGAUUUCUCUUUUGAAGCUCGGAAAAUCAGUCAGUCAGUCAGGAUAAACGUCAUUGAUACGACUCCGGCAGUUGAAUUAAUGUCUUCUAAAACAAUACGUUCACUUUUAGUGCAAAAAAAGAUAAAUAUUUAAGGACUUUUUAAAUAUAAUCCAAUGCUUCACGAGUCCAAGCGGUCUCUCAUGUGACGUGUUCACGUUGCCAUGGAUACAGAGGAAAUUUCACCUCUCCACUCGGUUGAAACAUCCAGGAUAAGCACACACCAUUGUGAGUAAAGAAACAUAUAAUAACAGAUCUAAACCAAAACCAACAGUGUUCCUCAUUCUCACUUGUAAACAGAGCUGCUCUUCCAGCUGUGAUGCAUAAGUCAAUGCCAAUGCCUACCCAAUACACCUAACAUUAUCCUUAACCCUAGUAGCAGCAAAUGCGACUUUCACAAGAUUUCCACAGAUCGAGGCCUUCUACCUUCUAGAUAUCAAAUGCUCUGUCUGAGCUUUCUCUAGUGUGUAGGCAUCCAAAGAAGGCAGCUAUCCAUACAUUUUUAAAAUACAAAUGAUUUUAUACUGUUUAUCCAAAACGUCAAGCUGUUUGGUCACAUUAAACAAGUAUUUCAAUUGCAGGGAACCAAAUGGCAGUCAAUAAAUGUUUUCUGGUCAACUCGUUAAUGCAUCUGCUUUAGAAUGACCUGUGGAACUAUUUGUACUAGUUGUACAUGUGUAUGCAUUUGUAUUAUAUGAUGUAAAUUUGAUCACCAUUGCUUUGCUGUAAUAUGGUUUCGGAAAUCCGUUUUUUUAAUGCGCUAAAGUUUAUAUUAUUGUGACCCAGCAGUCAAUGUGCUUUAUUGCCUUAGUAGAGCUGCUUGUAGGUUAAUUGUGCCUCUGCUUUCAAAGGCUUCUACAUAUCAAUUACCACAACAGUACAAUUCAUAUAAUGCAUGCUCUCUUAAUAUAAAAAGAUAAAAAUGCAAGUUAAUUUAUUUUGUACACAAUCUUGUAAGUUAUUUUUCUAAUUUUAAGUGUUUUGUUUAUCGGCAAAUCAAUGCCUUCAGUGGUUGUCACAAGGAAUGCUGAUGUGUUCAAAGCAAAUUUGUUGUGAAGUACAAGAGAUAUUUCAUGCACAAGACAUUCACAAUGUCAUUAAAGGGAACAUGGGUUUGUAAUAUCAAUAUGAUGAAAACUAUGAGGGAAUAUGAAGUUUAAGGUGUCGUUCACACUGAAUUUUUUCCCCCAAUUAUUUUGUCUGCACUGUUUUUUUUUUCAUUAUUUUUUUUAAUAGUUUUUCUAGAGGUCUUUGAUGGUUUGAUGAUCUCGCACAUUUCUACAAUGCAGUAUGAAUUUAAAUGAACUUCGAGAUGCA